AUGGAGGCGCCGAGCAUUGUCAUUCCGGAAAUUCUGCACCAGAUCGUUGACUAUGUUGUCGAAUACGAGCCAUUUCUAUCUGGGAGACGACACAAACGAUUACAAUUGCAAUCGGCCGCCACUCUGGUAGCAUUGGCCUCCACCUCGCGAAUUUUCAGCGAGAUUGCUGUCAGGACCAUUUGGGAGUCCAUACCUCAUCUCGGUGUGGUCUUGGCACUCAUACCGGAAGAUGCUCGACAAAUCCAAAUAGAGCUCCCUUCCGAAUCCCUCCUCACCGAAUAUACUUUGGAGAUAACAAGGGACCUUGGGGCAAAGGAUCUCUGUCGCAUAAUUUACUAUGCUCCGUUUAUCAAGGAAAUCGGGCGCUUUGGCUCCCCAUCGGUCCCAGAAAAUUCGUUCGAUGUACCUUUGGGCUUGGUUUCCGAAGUCAAGGUCAAAGGCAUCCUCCCGACGAUACAGAGGAUGAUUUCGCCCUCCCAACCGCUCUUCCCUAACGUAACCGCGGUACAAUGUGACGCCAUAAGCCUGCGUGCCGCCUCAGGGGACAUCCGACUACUCAACGUCGCCUCCCUCCGUCGACUUGACGCAAACCUCACCCACCAGUUGCGGUUCCUUUCGACCUGUAACGAGGCAAUCAUCAAUAUCAACUCGAAAGCCCGGAUACACUCGCUCGCGUUGGCCUACCCAGGCGAAGACACGCCAAUGGCGGACGCACCUGUGCUAAUCCCUAUUCAAACCCUCCUCCUCAACUUCGAACAUCUCGUUGAACUGGCUACAGGAAAGAUUCCCAUUGGGACGGGUGUCUUGAACCAUCUGGCGCAGCUUCCUACCUUGCGGCGAUUGGACAUGUGGCUGGCACAGCGAUGGCAAAUCGCGGCGCUUGGGGGUAAAGGGCAGUUUAAUCACUCUCCGGAAACUUCAACUUUGAUCCCAUCGUCGAAAAUUCCCUGCUCCCGUCCAUUCCCUUCCCUACAGACGCUCAUCAUCCGCACCUUCUCCCUCCCCGACGUCAUCGAGCUUGUCAUUCCGUUGGUCGCCACGGCACCGCUCUCUACCUUGAAAACAGAGUUUUAUGUCACAGGGCAGGAAGAGGGCGACGUGACCCCCAAGAUCGACCCGUUCGUUGAAGGUCUUUCGCUGCCGCGGCUAGAACAUUUAUCGGUGACAUCCCGUGGGCAUUACAAGGUUCGCUAUUACAGAGACACCCGCUUCUACGUGACACCGGAGACAUUGGAGCCCCUCCGUCGGCUUAACGGACUUCGUACACUUGCCAUUUCACCUGGAGUCAAGGUUGGGUUUGUUGAAACUCCCGAUAACCUAGACGAAUGUCGUAAACACUGGCCACACAUGAGCCAUAUAGUUCUGGAGUAG